AUGCCGAAGUGGGGCCAGAGCGGGGGCCAGGGGACGCUCGGGUCGCUGGAGGUGGGGAAGACCAGCAAGCUGCUGGAGGACGCGGUGGCCAAGCUGAAGCAGUUGCGCGGUUCAAUUAAGUGGCCCUCGUCCUUUCCGCAGGGCCCCCAGGCCGAGGACAUGAUCAUGGUCAAGGCAGGCCAGGCCAAUGAUAUGCGCUACUGGGCGCCGCCCUUCACCAGCGACGUGCUCUGCAAGGAAAGGACCCACACGGCUGGCUCGCCGUUCGGUCGCCAGCCUUUGGAGGCGCUUGUCAAGAAGCACGUGACCGUCACCAGCGAGAGCAGCAAGAAGCCGGGGACGGUCGCCUGCCUGGCGGCCUUUAAGAAGAUGCAGACGCAGAAACGGGCCCAGACCUUUGUCGGCAAAAGCAGCCUGGAGAGGCUGGUGCAGGAGCUCCAGAACAAUGUCAAUGGCACGGACUCUGUGCGCACGAUGGGGACUGGUUUGUUUAGCAGCAAGCUCGACACGGUCAGCAGUGAGCUCACCAAGCAGCGACAGGAGGACGCCAAGGUCAUGAGGGUAAACAUCGACCUUGCAGUGCAGACCGCCAACAAGGGCAGUGCGGGGGACUGGCUGCGCCGCAAGUGCGGGCAGAGCGCGAAGGUGUCGUUCAAUAGCCUGGUGGCGGCGCUGAUGGCGGAAGAGCCUGGAAGCACUUCGGCACUGAGGCGCGCCAACCCCGCUCUGUCAGCCGAGGACCUGGCGAGCCUCUGGAACCAGGUGGCAGUGGUCGUCAACCACUCGGUCCGCGUGGGGCAGGUCGCGCGCGUGCAGACGCAGCUGGACAAGCUUAAAAAGGAAAUGGCCUCGGGGGCUGGUGACUUAGCAGUGGACCUCUCGGCAAAGGAGACUGCGGAGCUGCUGAGCGCCGAGCGGCACUUCUGCACGGAGUCCGGCGGGAAAGUGCUUUACGACCCGCGCUUGCUGGUCUUUGAGUUCCUCAGCAACAUGAUGCUUCGGAAGUCCCAGGUGGACACGGUCGGCAAAUUUCUGUCGAAGGCAGAGGCUGGGGAGUCGCUGUGCCACCAGAUGAUCAUGGGCGCUGGCAAGACGACUGUCAUCGCGCCUCUGCUCGUGCUGUACCUGGCGAAUGGGCAAAGGCUCGUGUGUGCCUGCAUGCCUGCCGCCCUACUGGAGAUGUCACGUGGCGUGCUGACGGAGGCGUUCUCGUCGCCCGUGCUGCCCAAGCCAGUAAUGACGCUCAACUUCGCCCGGGACUCACCAGUGAAAGAGCAGUUGUACAGCAAGCUGGCAACGGCCUGUGACCUGCACGCGGUCGUGGUGGCGGCGCCAACGUCGCUGAAGAGCCUGCUGCUGAAGCAGGUGGAGCUGCUGAUGGAGCUGGACGCCAGCGCGCGUGGGACAACGACCACGGACACGAGCUGGUUCCCCGCCUGGAUGCUGGGCGGCGCAGCUGCCCCGAUGUUCGAGGACAAGCUUAGCUUGCAGGACGAGCAGAGAAAGGCCGCCGAGGUGAGCGUGUGCAACCGCACGCUUGCGCUCUUCCACAAGGGCGUCAUGCUGAUGGACGAGGUUGACAUGCUCCUCGAUCCGCUCAAGAGCGAGCUCAACUGGCCAAUGGGGCUGAAGUUUCCGCUGGACCUGACAGACGGCGGAACUGGCCCCCACGCUGUGGACAGGCAGGGCCUUCGUACUCGCCUACCCUUCCACAUCUUCGACGCCGUGUUCGUGGCCAUGGGCGCCGAGAUGACCAUGCCGUACCAGGACAGGCGAGAGGCGCAUACCGCACUAGACGAGCUCAAGGCGACGGUCACGAAGGGAGUCUCGAUCAAUGCGCUACAGGGUACGCCCCACCUCGCCAUACUGUCUCAGGACUUUUACCGCACGGAGAUGCUGCCUUCCCUGGUAGACUGGACGGUCAUCUUCCUCGAGAAGCACGUCGGCGGGGUGCUAAAGACGAGCGAGGUGAAAGAAUUCCUGCGGACCCCCAUGAAGCUCGGCGAGUCCGUAAAGAAAAAACUGCGAACGGCUGACGACCUGAUCCUCAAGCUUCUCAACCUUUGCGUCAGCUGGUUGCAUACCCUUGUCCCGCACGUACUCAGCCGGGUGCACCGCGUCUCCUAUGGCCUGUUGGUCGGGGAGGAUUUGCAGGCUGCGUUGAAGGACAAGGGCACGCCCCAGUCACGCAAGCUGAUGGCUAUUCCUUUCGUAGGCAAGGACCGUCCCAGCGAACAGUCUGAGUUUUCUCAUCCCGACGUAGUGAUCGGCUUCACUAUCAUGGCCUACCGUCUCAACGGACUCAGGACUUCAGAUACAGACUUGCGGAAGCUUAUCAAGUUCCUAUUUGACAGGAUGAAGGACCAAAGUACUGUCCCUUACCACCGCCGCGACGCAUGUAUAAUGUAUGCCAGAAUGAUAGGCAAGGCCGACGGCUGCGUGAAGGGCUUUACCCAAGAUGGCACGUGGAUCUUGGAUAUGACCGAGGCUGAGAAACGGAAGUGGAAGGAUGGAUCCCGGCGGAGGCCUCGCGGCGACUCCGAGGUCUCCGACGAGCCAUCGGAGGUCUCGGAGGUCUCGGAUGUCUCCGGCGUCUCCGACGUCUCUGGCGUCUCUGACGUCUCUGGCGUCUCCGGUGUGGACACAGGUGGCGUCUCUGCCGCUCCCAAAGUGAUGUCCGAGAGGAAACGGAUGUGGCCACUGGAGAUGCUAGACCUUUACGACGUGGACAUGAUGAACACCGUAUUCAAGCUGCUCUCCACAAGCCCGUUGGCAAUCCAGUACUUCCUGGACGCCUGCAUAUUCGUACCAAACUUGGGCACAAUCGAUGUCAACAUGUCACAAUUGACAGCGUCUGGACAAGAGUUGGCCGGCCCUCAGCUGUUUGGCCAGUGCCUCGGAUUCAGCGGCACGCCCAACGACCUCCUGCCAAAGGCGAUGGGCUCUUGCCAGUAUGCUGUCGGGGACGACGGCAAGAUUUUGUCGUGUCUUAGCCGUGCGGAUGUCGUAUCCGCGGACAUCAUGAGCAAUUGGACCCCACAAGCGCUGUUGGAUAUGAUCGCGACUGCGCGGGACCCCAAAGACGUCACACGCCCAAAGUACCAUGCCCUGAUCGACACUGGUGCCCUUAUCACGGGCUUCACAAAUCGAGAGGUCGCGGAGUACUUGCUUCUGAAUGGGCUGGUAGGCCUCGACGGCGUCGUCUUCCUCAACAGAAAGGACGAGCGCAUCGUACUGUUGCGCGACGGCAUGAAGGAGAUGAGCCUGGCGCAGUGUGGUCUGACCCCGGAACAACGCUUCUCUUUCUAUGACCACGUCCACACCACCGGCAUGGACAUCAAGCAGCCGCUGAGUUGCUUGGCCCUGCUCACGCUUGGUAAGGACAUGACCUUCCGUGACUAUGCGCAGGGGGCCUACAGGAUGCGCGGCAUUGGCAAGGGCCAGCGGAUCGAGCUCCUGAUGAUUCCCGAGGUGUUUUCGCUGAUGAACAAAGCCCUCGCGCCCAUGGACGGCGUGCCAGAGGCGGAACGCCAGAACAAGGCGAAAACAAACAUGAAGGACCCAGCGAAGCAGCAGCAGGCAAUCAUCGACGCGAUCUGCUGGCUCACGCUCAACGGCAUCAAGCGGGAGUCCACCAAACACCAGCUGCUCUGCCAGCAGAACAUGCGCAACCUCUGGCGCAAGCCCGCAGCAGGCCACCUGGAGAACGCCCCCGAGCAGCUGAAAGAGUGGUUGGGCCAGCCUGCCACGCUCCAGUCCCUCGAGUGGCUGCGGAACCGCAUUGACGUGGAGGUGUCGAACACCCUUCCCGGAGACGGCUCUUCGAACCUCGCGGAGAAGCUUCGCGCAGAGUUCAAGAAGCACUUUGGAGAUGGCGACCGCCCGAAGCAGGGCCUUCUCGCAUCGCUCAAGCCGGAGGACCAGGCUGGAAUGAAGGCUGCUGCAGAGGCCUUCAUCAAGGAGCUCCAGGCCGCGGAGCAGAGCUCCUCGCAUGACAGGGAGGACGAGAAGGGCGAGCUCGAGCUGGGGGGCGAGAAAGUGCAAGAGCAGGAGCAGGAGCAGGAGCAGGAGCAGGAGCAGGAGCAGGAACAGGAGCAAGAGAUGGAGAUCGAGGCGGAGGCCGAAAAAGUGGUCGAGGCACCGUCGCAGCGCAAAUAUGCGAAAGACGAUCUGCAACCGGAUCCUUGGCCCGUUAGCGGGCUCAAGGAGCUGCAGGUGGAGAAGUCGGGCCUGCCGUUCUAUCAGCUCGGCGAGUUCACCGUCAACAAGGGAUUGGUUGGCAGCGCCAGCGCCCCACUGAAGGAACUCCCCCCCUACGUCAUGUUGAGCAACAACUGGUACAAGAAGUCGUGGCGGCUUUCGUCGGUCCGGCGGCUGAAAAACGUGAUCUGCUUCUUGGAGUGGGUUCCCAACCCAUCGAAGCUGGAGCCGCUGAAGAUAGACUACCCUUUGACCCCACAGCAGAAGGCAGAUAUCAAGGAGGCUUUCAGCUCAUACGACCUCAACGGCUCCGGGAUGCUGGAAGGGGAGGACGGCUGA